AUGGUUUUUAUUUUAAAUGUGUUCAUUCUUAUUAAUGGAAUAUCAGUUCUUUCGUUUAACCGACCGAAACUCUGUCCAACAGUUAAAUGGAAUCCUGCUGGAUUUCGGCUUCCUGCUCUACUACCGAAGGAUUACAUAUUUUCCAUUCUGUUUAUUGAUAAAAACAAUACAAUUUACACUGGUGCUGAGGAAGAUGGUAAAAUUCUAGUUUGGCCCAAGGAUUCUACACAUCCGAUGUCGUCGAUUAAUUACCAAUCCGAGUUAAAAUCAGCCUCUCUAUUUGUGAGCAACAAUGGUGAUAUUUAUCUCAGUACUAUGCAUAAGAUAAUUCUUAGAUGGACAGCAAGCCAGAAUGUCUUCGUCCAUUUUAUGAAUACUAAAGAGGGAUGUAUUAGCCUUUUUAUCGAUCUUCAUAACAAUAUAUAUUGCUCAAUGAUGUUGGCGCAUCAAGUUGUGAAAAAAUCACGAAGUGAGAAUGACACAGUAGAGACGACAAUUGUCGCUGGCACAGGAGGUGUAGGUCGGGGAGAGACGCAGCUCACCUCUCCCCGCGGAAUCUUUGUGGAUACAAAUUUAGAUUUGUAUGUAGCAGAUUGGUACAACCAUCGAAUUCAAUUGUUUCAAUUCAAUGAAGUAAAAGGAAAGACAGUAGCAGGAGAAUUUUCAUACGAAAUUACAAUUUUACUGCGUUUACCCACUUCAGUUGCACUCGAUUGUGAGAAAUAUCUUUUUAUUGCGGAGGCAGGGUUUGAUCGUAUAAUUGGAUCAGGACCAAAUGGUUUUCGAUGUUUACUUGGAUGCAAUCGCGAAGAAAAAAAAGUCAGUCAAUUGAAAUGGCCGCUAUCAUUUCACUUUGAUAUGAAUGGAAACUUAUUUGUUAACGAUGCAAUAAAUACACGAAUUCAAAAAUUUCAUUUAAACAAAGACUCUUGUGGAAAUGUUCCAUCUACAAUUCAAGCAAUAUAUUCAUCUACCUUAACACACGAUCAUGAAAGGUUUUCACGUGAAUUAUAUAAUUCUUCUGAAGCUUAUUACUAUGAAGUCAUAGAAGUAAAUGUGAGUAAAAGUGACUUUUAUAUUCUGACUGGUGACAGUAGUAUUGGGCUGUAUGGUUUUAUAUAUAAAGAUCAUUUUCAUCGAUUUGAUCCUUUAAAAGAUUUAAUUGCAUGGUGUGGUAAACCUGACUAUAAAGAUCAAUUUAAAUUUACUCUUGAACUUCAAAUGAACACUAAAUAUAUAUUAGUAGUAACAACAUAUUAUCGAAAUGUCACAGGUCCAUUCUCAAUCAUCAUAUUUGGUUCAAAUAUAGUUCAUCUUCAACGCAUGAAUAUUGAACCAGUUAUCCAAUCAACAUACAGAUCUGCAUUGACACAAAAUCAUCGAACAUAUUUUCGUGACCCUUGUCAGCGAUUGAACAAAGUAAAUUAUGAAGCAAUACAGGUGAACGUGACUGAAAAUGGUUUCUACACCUUUUUAUCCCGUGGAGAUGGAGUCAAAGGUCUACCAACUAUAACCAGUUAUAUAUAUGAACAUGAUUUUUAUCCUAGUAUUCCAUUUGGAAAUUUAAUUUCAGAAGAAGAUAAAUCUUGCUCACGUAAUGGUGAUAUAAUUACUGUUCGACUUAUGCCUAAUAUCCAGUAUGUAUUGGUUGUAACAACAUGUAAUAGCAAUGUCACAACAGAUUUCAUAGUACAGGUAUCUGGUAGAAGUGCUGUUAGUUUAGAACGUGUUGAUCCUUCACCUGAUAUUCAUCGGAAUUACUCUUCAAACUUAACAAUAAACAGUCAAACAUAUGCUAAAGAUUGCACCAACUCGCAAUAUUAUUAUGAAACUAUUCGAAUGACGGUAUCUAAAAACGGAUAUUAUACUUUAUUAACUGGCGGAUAUUAUACUUUAUCACCUGGCGAAUAUAACGCAACUGUGACCUUUAUGUAUGAAAAUCAAUUCGAUCCGCUGAAUCCACGUAAAAAAAAAUUGACUUCAAUCAUGUAUCAUGAAUGUAUUGGUAAAAUUCGCGAUGAAUUCACAGCUAAGCUUCAAGCUAAUACAACGUACAUAUUAGUUAUAACAACUCUUAAACCACGGACGUCAAUUGCAUUUUCGAUCGUGAUAUAUGGUUCAGCGAAUUUCACUUUUGAACGCUUUAUUGAUGAUUCAACUGAUUGUUAUAUUGGUGAUCCAUGUAAUCCUCAAGUUAACAGUAUUGGUUUAACUCUUGAUGAUAUUUUACGUGCUGCAGUGAAACAAAAUAUAACAAUACAUAAUCAACCAUUCGGAAUUAAGAUGAGUGCUGCUGUAACGAUCAUUAUGUUUAUUGCAGGCAUCAUCAGUUGUCUUUGUUCAAUUAUAACUUUUCAAAAUGAAACUUUACGAAAGGUUGGAUGUGGAUUAUAUCUUUUAGCAUCAUCUAUAACUUCAUUUUUGACAAUUACAAUGUUUACAAUUAAAUUUUGGUUUGUUCUUGUUACACAAAUGAAUACGAAUAUUCAUCUAUCAAUUCACCAAGGUGGCUGUAAAUCAAUCGAAACUCUUUUAAAAUUUUUCUUCUAUUGGGAUGCUUGGCUAAAUGCAUGUGUUGCUGUUGAACGUGGAAUUAACGUCUAUCAAGGAAUAAAUUUUAAUAAAGAAAAAAGUAAACGUUUUGCACGAUGGAUAUUAUUGAUCUUACCGUUUGUCAUCAUUGUCUCAAUCAUUCAUGAACCUUUAUAUCAUCAAGUUCUUGAUUAUGACAAAAAGGAAAAAUCACUGUACGUCGCAUAUAUUGACACUCCAGAAGAUUUCGUAACAAGCAGAGAUAUUUGGUGUCAAGCAUCAUAUUCUCAAUCAGUUCGAGAUUAUAACACAUUCAUUCUCUUUAUUCAUCUUCUUGGUCCAUUUAUUGCUAACCUUAGUUCUGCAUUAUUUAUUAUUACUGGAAGUGCUCGACGACGAGCGGAGGCUCAAAAACGGCAAACAUUUAAAGAAUAUAUUCGUGAACAAUGGAAAGAGCAUAAACAACUUGUUAUUAGUCCUACUAUUUUAUUUGUUCUAACAACACCACGUUUAAUUAUUUCGUUAUUACUAACAUGUUUAAAAAUAUCUGAUUAUAUAUGGUUAUGUCUUUCUGCUUAUUUUAUUUCAUUUUUACCAUCAAUACUUAUCUUUAUUAUAUUUGUUAUUCCAUCAACUUUGUAUCGAAAUACUUUCAAGGAAUCAAUCGCACGAGCACGAAUCUGUGGAAAACAACGAUCAUCUACCACUUUGGAAGGAUAA